AUGCGCACAACAUGAGCAACAGCCAAUAGAGCUCAUAGACAGCAGAACACGGUGAAUUCCGACUCUCUUCUGCUCGUUUAGCGUCGGGAAUGUGAUCUAGAAACACUUCGCUUAUUCAGUCUUUCAUUUUCUCGUCCUUUAUUCAGGAUCAGACCUCCGGUUCGGCGGAGACGCUUCACAUCACAGUAUUGCAGACCAUGUGGAUGCAAAAACUGGCAGUCCUGUCCAAGAGCAGCGUGUUCUCCUUCAACUGGAUCUAGACCAGAAAACUGGACUUCAGGACUGCAGGAUUAUCUGAGCAUCGCUAGCAGUGACUGGACUCCGUCUCAGAUCAUCUAUUUUGGAUUAUUCUGCUGAGGAGGAGCUACUUCGGAGAGCAUGAUUACUUCCAGAGCUGGAAUACUAGAGACUAAUCUAGUUUAUGUGGGCAAACUCAAUUACAGCGGCGGAUCCCUCAUGUGAACAGAGCAGCGUCUAAUUCGUUUUGCUGCAGGACGUGCAUUGACUUCUGCAGUUUGUGCGCUCGUUCUUAAGCAAAAUCAAGAGUUUUGAAUCUUCACAAUGUGUUUUCAAUAGGAACAUUCUAUUGGAACGUUUUUCCCUGCGUAUAUUGGGACGAAGUCCAUUCUGAUUGCUGUUGGUGUGGAGUUGAAUCAAAUGGCUCGACCCGGCUCUGGAGUUCUGGGAGGCGGAUACUCGUCUCAGAGCAUGGCUAGGGUGGUGGUUUGGGAAUGGCUGAACGAACACGGCCGCUGGAGGCCAUACAGCGCCGCUGUUUGUCAUCACAUCGAAAACGUCCUGAAGGGAGACGCACGAGGGACCGUCAUACUGGGGCAGGUGGAUCCGCAACUCGCAGCCUACGUCAUAGACCUGCAGUCCAUGCAUCAGUUCAGACAAGACACAGGCACAAUGCGUCCCGUGCAGCGCAAUUUCUACGACCCGUCCUCUGCUCCAGGCAAGGGCAUCGUGUGGGAAUGGGAGAACGACUGCGGCUCCUGGACGCCGUACGACAUGGAGCUGUGCGUCAGCAUCCAGAACGCCUACGAGAAGCAGCACCCCUGGCUGGACCUGAGCUCUCUGGGCUUCAGCUAUGUGGUGGACUUCGACGGGAUGUCCCAAACCAACCGGCAGAGCCAGAGGAAGCGGCGCAUCUGCCGACGGAUGGACCUGGCGUACCCUCUCAUCGCUGGAUCCAUCCCCAAAUCCCAGUCCUGGCCGGUGGGCACCAGCUCGGGAACGCCUUGCACCUGUCAGCAGUGCAUGCUGGUCCACAGCACGCGGGCCGCGUCUAACGCCAUCCUGGCGCUGCAGCAGAGGCGGAAGCUGUACGGGACCGGGGGUGGAGCCACCGGCGUCGUCAGGCAGAGCAACACCUUCGCUGGCUCCUCCCUCUGGUCGCCCGCGACGACCGUUGCCAGGGGACACCAUAACAACAUAUCAGUGGGAGGCGGAGGAGGAGGAGGCGGGAAGGUGGAGAUGAACGGGGUGAAUUUCCCAUGCGCUCCUGCAAUCGUGACGCUGCCGUCCAAACACGCGCUUACUAUUAACGGACAGAACAAUCUGAACCGGCCGGGAACACAGAGGAUCACGGUGACGGCCAGCCGAGGCUCUGUCCCUCCUGGGGUUCUUGCACUUCCUGUGAAGAAUCUCACUGGGUCAGGACCGGUCCAUCCUGCAUUAGCAGGAAUGACUGGUAUCCUCAUGUGUGCUGCUGGGCUCCCCGUGUGUUUGACUCGGGCUCCUAAACCGAUCCUGCAUCCACCGCCGAUCAGCAAGAGCGACCUGAAACCUGUGCCAGGAAUCAACAGCAUCCGACGCAAGACCAAGAAAAAGCACCUCCGCAAAGGUAAAAACCCAGAGGACGUGGUUCGGCACUACACAGAGAAGAUCAAGACGGCUCCUGAUGAGGACUGCACCAUCUGCAUGGAGCGACUGGCCACAGCGUCCGGAUACGAGGGAGUGCUGAGCUACAGAGGCAUCAAGCCCGAGCUGGUCGGCAAACUGGGAAAGUGCGGCCACAUGUACCAUCUUCUGUGUCUGGUGGCCAUGUACAACAACGGCAAUAAGGAUGGCAGUCUGCAGUGUCCCACCUGUAAGGCCAUCUACGGGGAGAAAACCGGCACACAGCCUCCUGGGAAGAUGGAGUACAAUGUGAUUCCUCAUUCUCUACCUGGAUGCUCUGACACCAAGACUAUACGGAUCGUCUAUGACAUUCCUGCUGGGAUACAGACCACAGAGCACCCGAAUCCCGGGAAAAAGUACAGCGCACGCGGAUUUCCUCGACACUGCUACUUACCAGACAACGAGAAAGGACGGAAGGUGUUGAAGUUGCUAAUCAUGGCGUGGGACCGUCGUUUGAUCUUCACCAUCGUGAAAACUCCAGACACAGAUGUCUUUAUUCCAAGAGAAUAUAAUUAUGGUUCACAUGAUCGUGCCUCAGGCAGGGAAUUCAACUAA